GCCUCCUGUCAGCACGUCUCUCUCUCUCCUUGUUAAUCCGCCUCUCUCUCUCUCUGCAGUCAUCAUGGCGGAAAUCAAAACGGGAAUCUUCGCUAAAAACGUGCAGAAACGGCUGAACCGAGCGCAGGAGAAGGUGCUGCAGAAACUGGGAAAGGCAGACGAGACCAAAGAUGAGCAGUUUGAACAAGUGGUUGUCAACUUCAGGAGACAGGAGUCUGAAGGUUCUCGGCUGCAGAGGGAGAUGAAGUCCUACAUGUCGUCCAUUAAAGGGAUGCAGCAGGCCUCCAUCAACCUGACCCAGUCUCUGCAUGAAGUCUACGAACCAGACUGGCACGGAAAAGAUGACGUCAUGGUCAUUGGGAAGGACUGUGAUGCAUUGUGGGAAGACUUCCAUAACAAACUGGUGGACUCGACGCUGCUGAACCUGGACGCAUACCUGCAACAGUUUCCAGACCUCAAAACUCGUGUUGCCAAAAGAAGUCGGAAACUCAUCGAUUACGACAGCGCUCGACAUCAUGUCGAAACCCUGCAGAUGUCAGGGAUGAAGAAUGACCGCAAAAUGAUGAAGGCUGAAGAAGAGUUAAAAAAGGCCCAGAAAGUCUUUGAUGAGCUGAACGUUGGUCUUCAGGAUGAACUGCCGACUCUCUGGGACAGCCGGGUUGGCUUCUACAUCAGCACCUAUAAGAGUGUGACACAUCUGGAGGCCAAAUUCCACCGCGAGAUCUCUCUGGUAUGUAGGCAGCUGUACGAAGUGAUGACCAAACUGGCCGAGCAGCACUCUGACAAAAUGUUCACCAUCCAGGGAGCACCAAGUGAUUCAGGGCCCUUGCGACUCGCUAGAACCCCGUCACCACCAGAAGACGAGAGUCCACCUGAGAGUCCAGACAACAGCUCCAAUCACAUGCUCCGGCCCGUCUCACCUGGACCACCACGGCCCAAAUCCCCUAUACAGCUUAAAAAGGGACCGCCGGUGCCUCCACCACCAAAGGCCACACCUACCCAGGAGGUGGCAGAGGAGCAGAUCAUUGACCUGUUUGGAGGAGACUUUUUACCAGCUCCUUCACCAUCUCAGCCCAACGAACGACCAGGAGAAUCUCUUCUCGACCUGGACUUUGAUGCUUUUCAGGCAGAUGAAAGUGUUUCUCCGAUACCACAGACAGCGGUGCCCUGGGAUAUGUGGGCGGCCAAUGCCCAAACAGCUCAGCCUCAGGCUGCAGACACCGGCUUCGUCGCCGACUGGUCAGCUGACUUUGGUUCAUUGUCACCAAACGGAGACGCUGCUCCAGGAGCCGAGGCCCCUGCUGUGGGGGCGGAGGGGGCGCAGGGCGGGAUAGAGGGUGGGGCUCAGGGCUGGCCCCAGGCAGACGGCUGGCAGCCAGAUGGAGACACAACUACAUCUCCUCAGGACAGUGAGGCAGCCCCAGCAGCUGAAGACGAGGUGGCCGAUGCAUUUAAUGGAUUUUCACAGGAUGCGACUGCCCCAUCAUUUUUUGCUGAUUUUGAUAAGAUGAACAAAGUUAAUGCUGAAUCAGUCGAGAUUCCUGAAGCCUCAGAGACAGAAGCUGCUAAGGAACAAGACAAGCCUACAGCUCCGCCUGUUGGUGAGGAACCUCCAGCUCCACCUGCCGUUGAGACGGAGGAACCUCCAGCUCCCACUGCUGAGGAACCUGCAGCUCCCCCCACUGCUGAAGAACCACCUGCUCCCCCUGCUGCUGAGGAACCACCUGCUCCCCCUGCUGCUGAGGUACCACCUGCUCCCCCCGCUGUGGAGGAACCUCCAGCUCCCACUGCUGAGGAACCUUUAGGUCCCCCCACAGCUGAGGAACCACCUGCUCCCCCCACAGCUGAGGAAGAUACAGCAGAAAGUUCUGGCAGCCCAAAGGAGAAUCCUGCUUCCACUGUUGGAUCUCCAGGCUCUGAGCUUGGUGAGAUUCCUCCUCCUAAUGAAGCCACAACAUCUCCAGGUGAAGCAGCUCCAUCGGAAAAGAUGCCGAUCCCCUCUGUGGUUAUUGAACCUGCUUCCAGUAACGAAGGGGAUGAUGACCGUGAUGCUGACAUCAUCUCUCCCACCACCAUAAUGAGUGAUAACGGUGUAACAGCUGAAAACCAGACCAUCAAACACAUAAGUCCAUCCAGUGGAGUGUUGGGACUCCCUGAUGACUUUCUGUACAAGGUGGAGACGAUGCAUGAUUUUGAGGCUGCAAAUUCAGAUGAGCUUGAUCUAAAGAGAGGCGAUGUGGUGUUGGUGCUUCCCACUGCUUCAGUAGAGGAUCAGGAAGCUGGCUGGCUAACAGGGAUCAAAGAAAGUGACUGGUUAACACUUGGAGCUGGUGCUCAGAAAGGACUUUUCCCAGACAACUUUACCCAGCGUUUGGAGUAGGAAGUCUUUUCUGCUGGUGGAUAAAAUGAGCAGAGGUUUGAAACAUCAGUGUCCAAGCCGUCCAGUCAGCAUGUAGCCAACCCCUGAAAAAAUAUUAGAACCUGCUGCAACUGGCUGCUGGACAACACAAGGCUGUCUCUGGUAGAUGAAACUAAAAGUCAUAGUAAUAAGAACUAGUUCUAUUCCCAGCCUAACUUAAAAUUAACACGCAUGAUGUGAUAGUAUGGUCUAACCUCUAUGGGAACUGAGACUUUUUUUGAAAGAAAAAAGAUUUAUUGGGAAUGUGGCAAUCUACACAUUCACACCUACAACAAGCAGAUAAAUAGUUUGUGAAGAAAAAAGAAAAACUAUACCUUCGUUGCACCAAGUGUGUUGUACUGGUUUUGUUGCUCUGCCGUGGAAUAUACCAGAAUCUGUAGUACUGUUAUCUAUUUAAAUGUUCUUAAGUGUAACAUGAAACUCUUGAGUUUCUUGGUUUUCUCAGACAUGUCAUUGCUGUUACCCUCAAUUCACUGUCAGUGUUUUUCUGUGAUAUCAUGGUUGAGUGUGUCUGGUGAUCUUUUCUUUGGCACAUAUGGUGAUGAAUUAAGUCAUUAAUGAGUGUUACUGUGUUUUCAGCAAAAUAAUAUUGACGUUUAUUAUCUGAGCAUUGGAAAACAAACCUCUGAACAUCUAGCAUGAAAAUCUCCAAUGUUUCAUCAAAGUAAGAAUUCCAAGAUUAAAAAAAUACAAUAAGACUCUGCCCACUAGUAAAAUAUCAUUAUAUAGAUGUAUAAGUCACGUCUUAUGAUAAUUAUAUAUGAAAGAAAUGGAGCUAAUAAUUUAAAGGCACGAUGACUGGGAAGGUUUUAACAAAUGCAAUGUGCAACCUUGUUGGUAUAUUUCAGGUUUCUGUAUUCCAGAUCAGCAUUCUGUAGACCGAUAAAUACGAUGUCACUUCCUUUUAAUAGUGAAGUUAAACCUCAGUGUAUACCUUUUUGUGAUGUACAUACCAUAAACAUUUAUGUCCAGAUCAAUAAAUGAGAGUUCAUAUGGUAGAAUUUC